AAAGAACUACUAAUGACGCUCGCCCGAAAUGGGACGCUCAAGAAAAAGGAUCCACUUUUAGUUCUUCAAAGGUUGAUGCACCAUUGGGAUCUCAAGAAAGAACUACAAAUGACACUCGCCCGAAAUGGGAUACACAAGAGAAAGGAUCCACUUUUAAUUCUUCGAAAGUUGAUGCAACAUGGGGAUCUCAAGAAAGAACUACAAAUGACACUCGCCCGAAAUGGGAUACACAAGAAAAGGGAUCCACUUUUAGUUCUUCAAAAGUUGAUGCACCACGGGAAUCUCAAGAAAGAACUACAAAUGACACUCGCCCGAAAUGGGAUACACAAGAAAAAGGCUCCACUUCAAAAGUUGAUGCACCAUGGGGAUCUCAAGAAAGAACUACUAAUGAUGCUCUUCCGAGAUGGGAUACGCAAGAAAAAGGAUCCACUUAUAGUUCUUCGAAAUUCGAUCCUUAUGAAAAAGGAUCCAAUUAUGAACCUUCAAAAUUUGAUGCGCAUGAUCAAUCCAGCCUUACGGAGACUAACAACAAAGCUGGCAUUAGAUCUGCUUCCAGAGAAGUUGAAGAGCGAGGCCCCAAUAAUUUGGAACGUAAUAAUAAUAUACAACAUAAUCAAGUAAGAAAUGAAAGUGAACAGAAAGAUUCUUGGAAUAAAAAGGACAAUAUAAAUGAAAAUGAACAAGAUGAAUGGAGUAAGGAGAGUAAACAAGCUCGUUCUAAUUGGGGACCUAAUAUAUACAAACCUUCAGUAUAUUCAUGGGGUGAUCAAGAGCAAGCGGUAGAUAAAAAUUCAUUCAAUAAAGAUAUUGAAAAUUCGUCUAAUCGUGGUGCGCAUAAUAGCCCUCAUCGAUCAGUAGCUCAUAGCAAUGAGUCGCGAGGACAGAGUCGAAGCAGAUAUGGGGAUAAUAAUCGAGAAAUCCCACGUGAUGGUGGUAGACAUGAAUUCGGUCGUAAUAAUGAUAAUGAUGCUAAUAAUUGGAAAAAUGAUGAAACUGGCUUCAGAAAUAAUGACCGAGGGGCUAACUGGAAUCGAGAGGCUAAUUGGAAAAAUGAUUCAGAAACUAAGACCAGUAAUAACUGGGGAAAUAACUAUGAUCGAGAAACUAAUAAUAACCGGAGAAAUAAUAACAAUCGGGAUUAUAAUAAUGGCUGGAAAAAUAAUAAUGAUCGAGAUUCUAAUAAUGGUUGGAGAAAUAAUGAUCGAGAUACUAAUAAUAACAGGAGAAAUUAUGAUCGAGAUACUUCUUAUAAUAAUCGAGAUAAUUAUAAUAAUCGAGAUACUUAUAAUAAUCGGAGAGGUGAUCGAAGAAAUAGUGGUCGAGAUGCUAACUGGCAAAAUAAUCGAGGGAAUAACUUUAGAAAUGAGCCUAGUUGGAAAAAUGAUGGAGAGUAUGAUGAGCGAGAGACUAAUACUAGAUGGAGAGGUGAUGACCGAGAGAACAAUUUCAGAAAUGAUCAGGAGACUAAUUGGCGAAAUAAUGAGUACAGGGAUGAUGUACGGGGCAGAAGUAGUCAGUCUGAUAAUUUUUUGAGAAAAAGUGGUAGUGAUAAGUCCGAAAGCCCAUACGACUCGCGAAGAUUUAACAAUCAAAAUUUUAAUUCAAGAUACAAUCAAGCACCACAAAAUAAUGAUCCUAAUCAAGGAUGGGCAACUAAUGAUUUGGAUGCAAAACCGUGGUGGUAA